AUGGUUCCGAGCGCCAGGGGUGCCUCCAGCAGGCGAGGUCCCGGGCCGCACGGGGGGCAGGGGCAGAGGCGGGUCCGCGGAGGGGGUUUUGGCCCCAAGGGCGAGCAGAACUGUUCUGGAGAUUGUUGCUCCGUCUCGUUCCCCGCGACCGCAGCCCCCGCGGAAGCGGAGGGGAUUGAAGGAGGGUUGAGGCCUCUUGCCAGCAGCGCCCCUUCUCGGUGUAGGAAUGGACUUGGAUUUGGAAGGCUCAGAACGCUGACACGGGACAUCAGGACUAGAGCAGGACAUCAGGACUGGAAAGGAAAUUUGAAAUACUGCCUUGUGAUUCUCAAUCAACCUUUGGACAAAAGCUUUCGUCAUCUUUGGAGCAAAGCUAUUUUAAGAGCCUGUGCUGAUGGAGGUGCCAACCGCCUAUAUGAUGUCACGGAAGGAGAGAGGGAACGCUUCUUGCCUGAAUUCAUCAGUGGAGACUUUGAUUCCAUCAGGCCUGAAGUUAGAGAUUACUACGCUGUUAAGGGAUGUGAGCUCAUUUCCACUCCUGAUCAAGACCACACUGACUUCACCAAGUGCCUUGAGGUGCUCCAGAAGAAGAUAGAAGCCAAAGGCCUACAGGUUGACGUGAUUGUGACACUGGGAGGAAUUGGAGGGCGUUUCGACCAGAUCAUGGCCUCCGUGAGCACCUUGUUCCAGGCGACGCGCAUCACUCGUGUGCCAAUCAUAAUCAUCCAGGAGGAAUCGCUCAUCUACCUGCUCCAGCCAGGAAAGCACAAAUUGCAUGUAGACACGGGAAUGGAGGGUGACUGGUGUGGCCUCAUCCCUGUUGGACAGCCUUGCAAUCAGGUGACGACGACGGGCCUAAAGUGGAACCUGACAAAUCAUGUGCUCAGCUUUGGGACACUGGUCAGCACUUCCAACACCUACGACGGAUCAGGGGUCGUGACAGUGGAGACAGACUGCCCACUCCUCUGGACCAUGGCCAUCAAGAACUGACCCGGGACUGGCCUUCGUCACUGUGCCUCCAACUUAUCUGCCAACAACUCAUUGCUCAACAAGAGCGGCUCCCCUCGGUCCACAGGAAUCCAAGCUUCCCCCUGGGAAGGCCGCUCGUUUUACAGAUGUUAAUGUUCUGAUAAUUCAGGUAAUAUAAGUGACACAUCUCAGUUUUACAGGGAGGGGAGAUAUCAUUAUUUUUCAGAAAAUAAAUCAGUCUGUUACAUUCAAUUAGAAAACUAAUGUGGAUCAUUCCACCAUGCAGUUCAGUGCUCAGAAUCUCAUGUUAUGAACCAUUCCAUUUAGCCUAGAAAGCUGCUUGAUUUUGACGCCAAGAGGCUCCGUGAGGCUCCUGGGUGUCCAGCACAUAGGCCUUUGCCUGCACAUCUGUUAGUGCUAGAUUCCUCGGUGUAGUACAGACACAAGUUUCUUUCUAGAUUGAGAUGUUAGAUCUGCACCAUUUACUUCGGCCUUACCACCUUCUUUGGUGUUUGUGUUUUAAAAAUAAGAAUCCUUGACCUGGUUAUUACAUUUGAGAGCAGGCAGAAUGGAGGCUCUAGGUGAAGGAGAAAUGGCCCUGUGGCGACCCCCAGGGGCCCUGCUUCCUUCUGCGGAGUGACCAUCAAGGCCGCCCUCAUAGCUACAACAUGGACUGAGAGCCGUGCCCAGAAAGCCAGCCUAAAACGGACUCGCUCCUGACACCUCAGACUGAGAAAAUACUGGUUCAUAGACAACACGUAUGUUCAGAUGACCAGAAAAUGAACCUGGUAGCCUGUGGGGAAAAGUGACCCCAUGUCCUGAGGAGCCUGGGUCUGAAAGCCUGCGUUCCUGUCCCAGGUCCCAUCCAGCCAUCACCUGACUCCCGGAGCCCCUCUCCUCACCUGGGACAAGAGGGGCUGGACGGAGGGAGCCUGGGCAGCUUCCCACACUCAGGUCCCAGACUCCGAUGCUGGCGGUUAUGGGCAGGUCAUGCCCAGGUGAGAGCGUUCAGCCCCCAGGGCACUGGAACAGUCACGUUGCAUUUAUGGUGAGACCCUCCUCCAGCCUGUCCUUUUCUGUCCCAUUUCCCAAACCACACGUUGCCACAUAGACCGGGAAGUGAGGGGAACCUGCCCUACAGGCUCCCCACAAACCCCCGGCCCUGCCCUGCGGUGCCGGAGCGUGGAGAACCAGGGGCCACCUGCUGGACCACCCGCAGGUGCACACAGGCAGCCCUGCGACCCGUCGUUACCUGUGCAAGUGCGUGUGAGACGAAACCCAGGUGCCAAGUGAAAAUGUUUAGUUCAUGUGCACGUCUGUGUCGGUAUCGAAGAAAACAGUCUUUUCUCAACUAUUUCAUUACUACCUGUCUCAUAUUAGUGUUUCUGUAUUUAAGAGACCUGCUCAGAGGACGAUUGGUCAGGACAGCCCUUCACUCACCUGACUCGGGGAACAACCUGGACUAUUACUGACACGCUCUCUGACCUCUCCCAGGGGAGUUACUCUAGGUCCCUCGUGCCAGGUGCUUACCUGUGAUCCCGUCUAGGUGUAGACCUGUGUACCUUGCAGGACUUAAAGGAAAGGCGGGUAGACUGCUUUCCAAGAGCUUUACAAGCUGGAGAGAGAGCAGGCCCUGCUAGAGUAGGGGGAGUAAAGCUCACUGGUGGAGGAGGAACCCGGGGGAGGGAGAGAGGCAUCCAAACAGCCUGCGCACUCGGUGCUGUGGCCGGGGGCAGAGUCCAGGCCUGUCCACGUCUCCUCAGCACAAGCGCAGAGCCCAGAGCUCCUGUGCACACAUGGCCCAGCUCCCCACUCCCAGCACAGGAAAGCAGAGCAGCCCGGGGAAGACUGGCCGGCAGUGGCUCCUUCAGCUCAUUUAACUCAGAGCCUCCAGCAGAGAAGCUUGCCCGAGACCCUCAGGCCGCUGCCCCGAACCCCACCUGCACAGGAGGGGAGAGAGGCCGGGUGGCCGGCCAGGCGCGGGCAUUCUCGGCGCCCGGUGUUACUCUCUACCUCACAAGUCGGGCUCAGCCGCCGCGUACUCCUUACUAGAAAUGUAGUCACAGCAUGUAAAAGAAAUGUGCCCACUGUUAUUAAGAUUUUACCACAAAAGAAUGCAUGUGCUGUUGACCCUGAAAAUCUUACGAGUGUCAAUAAGUGGAUAUUUAGCAAAAAGAAGACCACCCUUCUCUGCCCAGCACUGUGAUUAUAAAGGGUGUGGUCUGAGUGGUGACUUUCAAAUAUAUUCGCCGCAACCCACCAGAAA